AUAUGUCUCCAUGACUGCAGACUGCGACUGAAACGUAAAUGAAAGCAGGUUUUCAGUUUGCUCCGCUUUCAGAGCUUUAAUGGACAGAAACACACGUGGGUGUGAACUAUGAGCUGAUCCCACAGUAACAGAUGACGCUGUGGUCAUGUGACCUGACUUCCUGUUUCUCGAGCAGCUCUCCGUCAGACUGAGUCAGUUUGUCUGGAGAACUUAGAAACAUGGCUUCAUCCUUCCUCUGCCUCCUCUUCAUCAGCCUCAGCACAGCAGAUGGAUUCAUGACUUACAGACUGUCUCGCUGUGACUUUAACUCCACUGAGCUGAAGGACAUCCGGUUCACCGACUCUUACUAUUACAACAUGAUAGAGAUCAUCAGGUUUGACAGCAAUGUGGGGACGUUUGUUGGAUUCACUGACUUUGGAGUGAAGACCGCAGAGGCCUGGAACAAUAUUCCUGCGAGGCUGGCUACCAUGAGGGCUCAGAAGGGGACGUACUGCAAACCAAACAUUGAUGUCAGAUACCACAACCUUAUGUCUAAAUCAGCUCCGCCCACUGUCAAACUUCACUCCACCACGCCUCUCUCCAGUCACCAUCCUGCCAUGUUGGUCUGCAGUGUCUAUGACUUCUUUCCCAGUAAGAUCAAAGUGAGCUGGCACAGAGACGGACAGGAAGUCACCUCUGAUGUCACUUCCACUGAGGAGAUGGAGGAUGGGGAUUGGUACUACCAGAGCCACUGCUACCUGGAGUACACACCCAGGUCUGGAGAGAAGAUCUCCUGUGUGGUGGAGCACGCCAGCCUGGAGAGACCUCUGAUCACUGACUGGGAUCCCUCCUCAUCCUCAUUCAUGCCUAAGACAGAGAGGGACAAGCUUGCCGUCGGCGCCUCAGGACUGCUCCUCUGUCUGAUCUUGUCUCUGGCUGGGCUCAUCUACUACAGACAGAGAGCUCGAGGUCGUAUCCUGGUUCCCACAAACUGAGGCUGUUCCUGGUGGUUUUCUCUGAUGUUUUAAAGUCAGCUGCUUCCUGUGUUUAGCAGACUGAUGACGGUGUAGCCAAUAUGUCAGCUCACCAGUGAAUAACUGAAACAAUAUCUGUGCCAAAAGAAGAAAAUGUAUUCAGGGUCUGAGUUUACCAUCUGUGCUUAAUAUGUUAUAGAGCAGCGGUCCCCCAACCCCGAGUCGUUUGGUGCCGGGCUGUGAGAGUUGAGGUUCGGGUGUAAAAUGGAUGGUUUUCAGGGUUUUUAUCGGUUUUUAGUGUUAUUUUGUUUUUGUCG